AAGGUGAAGGAAAUUUACUACGUUUAAUAUAUUUCGUGGGAGAUUAGUAAAGUCUUCAGACAUCAAGAACUGGUUUUAUUUGAGAGUCGUUCUCCAUAAGAGAUGCAAUGAACUCUGCUUCUCUUCUUCUCAUCUUUUGCUUUUCUUUAAUAUCAGCACAAAACUGGACAAAUUAUUUAAAAUUAGAUCCUAAUUACGAAGUUCGAUGGUCAAUACAAGGCGAAUGGAUCACAUUUCAAGUUGAAGUAGCCACAAGAGGAUGGGUGGGAUUCGGAAUUUCUCCUAACGGAGGAAUGACAGGUAGCGAUAUAGUAAUAGGAUGGGUGAAGAAUGGAAGAGCACAGUUUCAUGAUAGAUUUGCAGAUGGAAAAUUUCAGCCCGCAAUAGACGAAAGUCAAGAUUGGAAGUUACUUUGGUGCUGCGAAAAUGAUACUCACACUUCUAUUCGCUUUACAAGAUUGAUGAACACCGGAGACUAUGAGGAUUUAUGCAUUAAUCCUGAAGAAACAGUAAGAAUGAUUUACGCUUAUCAUAGUGACGAUCCAAAUUCACCUUCUACAAUAUUGUAUCAUGGAACAAAGCGAAGAGGAUCAAGAAGUAUUUUACUUAGAAACAAUGAAGAAUUAUUUAAACAUUAUGCAAACACAGAAGAUAUUCAUUAUUGGGACGUUAGAAGUGCUAACGUUUUAUUGCCAGAAGAUAAAGAUACUCAAUACUUUUGUACUCUAAUAAAAAGGCCAUAUUUAAGCCACAAGCAUCAUGGAAUAGAGAUUGCUCCGAUAAUUCAACCGGGAAAUGAGCGAUUCGUGCAUCACAUGGUUUUGUACGAAUGCUACGUAACUGAGGAUAAAAUAGCACCAUUUCUGAAAAAACAAUAUCAUGAAUGUUUCGAUAAAAAUAAUUUCCCGAUCUUCACGUUUUGCUUAACUCCUACUGUUGGAUGGGCUGUUGGAGGAGGGCAUUCAUACUUACCAAACAACGUCGGCUUUCCGAUUGGAUUACCAAAUUUAGUUUGGUAUCUUUUAGAAGUUCAUUACGAUAAUCCCGGAUUAGAAAAAGGAGUGGUGGAUAGUUCCGGAUUAAGAAUCACAUAUACAUCUAUGCUUAGAGAACAUGACAGUGGAACAUUGUCUAUAGGUUCUUUAUGGUACCCUUGUAUGUUUGUACCACCGAAGCAAGAAGAAUUUACAAUAUCAGGUCACGCACAUCCAUCUUGUCUUAGACAGAGAUUUCCUCCUGAGGGAAUUAAAGUAUAUACUACUUUACUCCAUUCACAUAUUAUAGGUAAAAGAAUAACAGUAAGACAUUUUCGAGGAAACAGAGAACUAGAACCUUUAAGUAGAGACAGAAACUAUGAUUUUAAUUAUCAAGAAUACCGCACGCUUCCGAGAGAACGAACUGUUUUACCUACGGAUCAUCUGAUUGUCGAAUGUGUUUAUGAUUCUUCAGAGAGAAGCACUCCAACUUACGGUGGAAUUUCAACGAAAGAAGAGAUGUGUGUAGCAUUCUUGGGAUAUUAUCCAAGAUUAAAUAUGUCAGGAGCACUUAGUUGUCCUUCUCCUAGCAACGUCCUAAAAGCAAUGGGAAUUAACGAAAUGUCAUCUGAUGAAAGAUUUGUCGUUUCUCCAUUAACUAGCAAAAACGAGAGUUAUUUCAGUUUUCUCGAUUCGUAUCCAUGGAAUAAGAGCUCAGUAAAGGCCGUGCAAAGAGCCAUGAAAUUCAGUCCACAUAUAAAUUUUUGUUUCGAUAGAGGAGGAAAAGGGAUAAUUAAUCCUAUAUUAUCAAGAUAUCCAAGAGUAAAGCACUUUUACGCAGACAAAAAUACUUGUACGGUAAGACCUCCGCAAAGGAAACCAGUUGUAGAACCAGCAAGACCAACUAUGCCUUCACAUACUAAAAGGCCAGAAAUUCGUUAUCCUCCAAAUACUAGAGUUACAACAAGGAAGCCUGACAGCUCUGCUGAGAUACCUUCAGAGGAAGUACCGUAUGUACUUCCUUAUCCUUUAAUCGAACAAAUAGUUAUAGAAUCUGGUUAA